AUGAGCUCUUCCUCUAAAGAGGAUCUCAAGGAUUGGGAUGAUGAGUUCAUGAAAACCGACCAGUCGACGCUCUUUGACCUGAUUCUUGCCGCUAAUUUUCUGAAUGUAAAAGAUCUUCUUGAUCUUGGUUGCCAAACAGUGGCUGAUAUGAUCACAGGUAAAACUUCAGAGGAGACCCGUACUGAGUUCAACAUCGAGAACGAUUUCACACCCGCAGAAGAGGAAGAUAUUCGCAAAGAAAACCAAUGUGCUUUUGAAUGAUCGUGUCGAUGAUCACUUUGGAUGAAUUAGUCUCUUUCUCAACCUUUUCAUGAUUAUGUUCCUCCUCGCACAUUCGU